UUCCCUUCGCUUCCUUCUAGAUUCUGUUCCUCAGCCGAGAACUGAAUUAAACUUUUGAAUUAUAAGUGAGAUAAAAAAUGCAGAUACAGAUCGUGAAGCUACGUUGUCUACAGCGGCUUUUCAACAGUACUAAGGCCGUUGUCGGUCUCUGCACGAGGCGGGACCGGCGCUGCCUACACUGGGGGCAGAAGGAAGACCCAUUCACUCUCGUCACGGAAGGAAUGGUCGAUCUCGCCCACAGAAUCAAGGGGAAUUCGCCCUUCGCGAAUUCCAUCCACAACAGCCUUCUGCUCCAUGGUCGAGGUCGCGCUCGGGAAUGCACUUUCUACACCCUGAGAUAUCAUCCGGAUUCCCAUGUUGUUAUGUGGCGAUAUUUGCAACCGAGGAAUACCUUACUCGCCGUCCAUUGUCGGGAGGAGGAGGUUCCUCUGCUGAAGGAGUCCCUGAUGCAGUCGCACUUGAUCGACUGGCAGGGAAGGCUGUGCGUUUUCCACGUCCCUGAGUAUCUGGUGGACACCGUGAAGGACGUCGUGAAGGAUAAGGAAGGACAGGAACUGACAAUCAAUAAAUGCUACACAUAUACUGGUGAUGAUAUUGGAGAUCCUCAUGCUUACCUAGCGAAGAAUCCCAUCCGGUGCCCAGCUGGGAUCCGGGUAGCAAGGCUGGGUAGGGCUGGAGUCAGCAUCAUGAGGAACACAGCGGAGUACGACAUCUGCAGGACUCUCGACGACAUGGUUUACAUCACGAAGCACGCCCCUUCAGUAGGCCUAUAUGAAGACCCGAGCGUGAAGAAGGAAACCACCGUCAACAUCGAGAACCUCCCCUUCGCUAGAGACGAGGAGGUACCUGUAGCUUGGAUCACAACUUCCUUCUACGGGGCGAUGGGUACCAUGAUGGCUUUGGAAGGGUAUCGGAGUCGCGGGUAUGGAGAGCUGGUGACUCGGAUCCUUACGCUGAUGAAGGCUGCCGAGGGCUACGUCCCCGUCGGCCAUUUGGACAUUGAUAACUUCCCUUCUGUUAAUUCGCUCAACAGAAUAAGUACGUUACGUAUGUCCCAUUAUGACUAUUUCAUGUUCAGGAAGUGAGAUGCAACGAUACAUCUCUCUUAUCAGUCGCAUCUUCAUAGACACGGAACUUUACAUGCUCUUCAAGAUACUCCAAUGUCAAGUCAUUAAAAUAUAGCCAUUUGGAUUUUUGGCAACUGUGUUUUACCUGUGCAGUGGUUGUGCGCAUUCGGUUCAGCUACGGCUUGAAUUUUUGUGUUCCGCGAGCAGGGAUUUUAACAUCGAUUUCUUGUCUGUUGGUCUGUAUGUCUGUUUCUGUCUAUCUGUGUGUCUCUCUCCAUAUAUAUAUAUAUAUAUGCGUGUGUGUGUGUGUGUGUGUGUGUGUGUGUGUGUGUGUGUGUGUGUGUGUGUGUGUGUGUGCGUGCGUGUGUGUGUGUGUGUGUGUUUGCAUGUAUAUAUAGUAUAUAUACACGUAUGAAUAUUGUAUAUAUAAUUUUAUAUAUAAAGAUAGUUAUGAUAUAGAUAUGUAUAUAUAGAUAGAUAUAGAUAAAAUAAAGAUGCAACUACAUAUAUGAAUAUAUAUGGGUAUAUAUAUUGAUACAAGUAGAUAAGCAGAUAUAAGAUAUCUGCAAAUCUCGGUUAUAUAUGUGAAACAAUACAAGACUUUUUGAAUGGCAUUCUCUCGUAAUAUUUAUAUAUUUUUUUAUGCUGCAUUGUUUAUGAGAGGUGAAGUUAAUAAUAAUAAAAUUUAUUUUAUUUCCUUACCAGUAGGCGAUGGCUUUGUAUUAAUAGAAUAUUAUGCGGUUUCUUAUAUCAAUGGUUACAGCUUUUACAACCCCUAUUACAAGAUAUUUUACGAGGAUGUGUUUCUCAUCCCCGCACCCCCAGAUUAUCGGAAAAGUUGAUGGGGGGUGGGGCAACUACUAUCAAUAAUUUUUUUAUGAUGAGUGAUGCAUUAUAAUAACUUAAAGAAAAUUAGUAGCUUACCUGUAGUGUAGUAAUAUAUCUCCAGGUCUAAGAUGUAUAAUUCUAUACGUAUAAUGCCAUGUUUAAAAGUAAAGAGGCAUAUGGCAUGAAAUAUAGGUUCAUGACAACAAUGGCAUCCACACUGCAAGGAUAGCUUUCUCAAUAUGAAUUCUGAAUAUGUUUUUUUUCGUGGUUUUCAUUUAAUAUGUUUUCAUCACAUACACAAACUGGUAGAUGAUGGAUAUUGUUAACAAUAACAAAUCUUUUAGCCGCGCGCAAAAGUAUUUCCCUUAUGUCGCCGUAGUUUUGUGUAUUGCAGAUUUUAAUUUUGUGAGGAAUGAGGAAAGAAUACCAAAUUAAUCAUGGCUUAAGGCCUGGAAGGAAAAGAAAGGAGUUGUGCCAUAAUUAUCCUAGUGUAGGAACAGCCACUGGAGGACGGUCGCGGGUUUUACAAAUUUCGACCACGGAGGUGUUUUUAUGAUGACGUAUUGCAUCUUAUGAAACCUCACAUUGGAAAAAAGGAUAGUCAGCUGAGAAAGGCAAUUCCUGCAGACCAUCAGCCCCCUGAUUUCGCAUCAAAGUGCUACGAUUCGGCGCAGAUAGCCAGGCGUACGAAGGCCAGAAACGCGCGUACACAAUUUGAACUGCCCCUCAACGCAGAUAGUAUACGAUUUAGCGUUGCUCUAGUGAACAUGUAGUCAUGUUCACUACACCUUUAACAGGUCCGUUAGAUCUUAUGCCCUUCGUUACAAGUGUCGGAGGGUAUGGACAGCAUGCGAAUUAAUCAAAUGCAGUAAAAUAUUUCUUAAGACAAACGAUAAAAAACUAAAGCACAAGUAAGACGAGUAAACAAGUAAAACAAGUAAAACACAAGUAAAACACAAGUAAAACAAGUAAACCUAAACCGCGAAAUUAUAGCUUAAAAUCAGUAAGACAAAUACGUAAAACGAACACAAGCAAACCACAACGAAAUAAAAUAAAGUAAAACAACGAAAUAUAACACGAACUUAAAAGCCUUAACAAUGACUUCUGAGUAAAAAAGAAGCACCAGUCUUAUCUAAACCACUGGCUCUAUUAAAAAGACACAACUGUCUCCAAAUACCCUCAUGACAACACUCCACGACCACUUAUCUCUGUUCAGAAGAGAAAUCCCAUUCCGGGAUUCGCUCGCCAUGACCUCUGCUGACCAGAACUUCCUGCCCUCCCCCUCGUUACCAUGGAGUGUGUAUAUAUGUGGAUGGAUCUCUUUUAAUAAAAAUGUUUUUAGAACUAUAAGGAUAAGUUCGAUAUGCGAAGCUGAGCCUCGCACGGGCUAUGAGGGAGCCCGGCCUGUGUCGACUAUUGUCGACUCGCUCUCAGUGUGUCAGCUGGUGCUGACUCAGCUUUGUUCUUACCCGCCGUGGUGCCCAGCCACAGCAGUAACCCCUAGGCGACAAUUGCAACUUCUGGGCGGGGCGCGAACCGACGACCCCUCGGAUGAGAAGCCGACACGUUACCACUGUAAUAGCCUGGAGACUUUUAGAACUAUAUAUUGUAAAGUUAUCAAACAGUAU